ACUGACUAGGACACAAUUUGUCAGCAGAGUUUGAUAUGCGCGAGUGGGGCAGGGCGCGUUCGGGCCAGCCUGCGCAUGACGUCACGCCGCUGAAGACGAGCGAGAGCCACAGAGGGAGCUGCAAUAAACAGAGGGCGAGUGCGCCUUUAAAAGAGGUGGAAAGCGAAACAAUAAACCAUUGCUGUGUCAAUGUUCUAACAAUGAAUUUAAUCGACAUGGUCUUCAUAAAGCUGUUUGUUUUCUUGUACUGCGCGACAAACACCGGGGGACAGUAUGGAAACCCUCUGAAUAAAUACAUUAAGCACUAUGAAGGCUUGUCGUACGACACUGAUCUAUUACAUCGGACGCACGAACGUGCCAAAAGAGCGCUUUCCCCUGCCGAUCAAUUUGUGCAUCUGGAUUUCCACGCACAUGGCAGACACUUCAACCUCCGAAUGAAGAGAGACGCCUCCCUAUUUACAGAUGAUUUUAAAAUAGAAAUAUCAGGAGAAGAAACCAAUUAUGACACCUCCCACAUUUACACUGGAGAAAUCUUUGGUGAAAAGGGCAGCAUGAGCCAUGGCUCUGUAGUGGACGGCAGAUUCGAAGGCUUCAUCCAGACUCACCAAGGCACCUUCUACGUGGAGCCUUCGGAAAGAUACUUGAAGGACAGAUCAGUGCCUUUCCACUCUGUCAUCUACCACGAGGAUGAUAUCAAGUACCCACACAAGUAUGGAGCACAGGGAGGCUGCGCUGAUCACUCUGUGUUUGACAGGAUGAAGAAGUAUCAGUCUUCAGGGACUCUGGAAGAGAAUCCAAAGGAGACGGUAGUGGAGGAGCCCGCGGAUGGACCUGUCUUACUGAGGAAACGCAGAACAACCCAACCCCCUAAGAACACCUGCCAGCUCUUCAUCCAGACAGACCACCUGUUCUUCAAGUACUACGGCACGCGGGAAGCCGUUAUAGCACAGAUCUCCAGUCACAUUAAAGCGAUUGACUCCAUUUACCAGAGCACAGAUUUCCUGGGAGUUCGAAAUAUCAGUUUCAUGGUGAAGAGAAUCCGAAUCAAUACGACGCAGGAUGAGAGAGACCCUUCCAACCCCUUCAGGUUUGCUAACAUCGGAGUGGAGAAGUUUUUGGAGCUGAACUCCGAACAGAACCAUGAUGAUUACUGCCUGGCCUACGUGUUCACGGAUCGAGACUUUGACGAUGGUGUUCUUGGACUGGCCUGGGUGGGAGCACCAGCAGGCAGCUCGGGAGGCAUCUGUGAGAAGAGCAAGCUGUAUUCUGAUGGCAAGAAGAAGUCCCUGAACACUGGCAUCAUCACCGUUCAGAACUACGCCUCCCAUGUGCCACCAAAGGUCUCCCACAUAACCUUCGCUCAUGAAGUCGGACACAACUUUGGCUCUCCUCAUGAUUCUGGAACAGAAUGCACCCCAGGGGAGUCCAAGAGCCAGAGCCUGAAGGAAAAGGGAAAUUACAUCAUGUAUGCCAGAGCAACUUCCGGUGACAAACUCAACAACAACAAGUUUUCCAUUUGCAGUGUCCGCAACAUUAGCCAGGUGCUGGAAAAGAAGAGAGGAAGCUGCUUUGUUGAGUCUGGUCAGCCCAUCUGUGGGAAUGGAUUGGUGGAGAACGGAGAGCAGUGCGACUGUGGGUACAGUGAUCAGUGCAAGGAUGAAUGCUGUUAUGAUGCUAACCAGCCAGAGAACCUGAAGUGCAAGUUGAAAGAAGGCAAAGCGUGCAGUCCCAGUCAAGGUCCCUGCUGUACAAAGGAAUGCACAUACAAAUCUACAGCUGCGAAGUGUAGAGAAGAGUCUGACUGUGCCAGCGAAGGAUCGUGCAAUGGCAUGCAGGCUAUGUGUCCGAUAUCGGCGCCCAAAACGAACUUCACAGCAUGCCACAGGGGAACACAAGUCUGCAUCAAUGGGCAAUGCGCUGGCUCAAUCUGUGAGAAGUACGGUUUGGAGGAGUGCACAUGUGCAAGUACGGAUGGGAAUGAUGACCGAGAACUGUGCCACGUCUGCUGCAAGGAGAAAACAGACCAAGGAGUUUGCAGUAGCACAGGAUCAGAAAUGUGGUCAAAGUAUUUCUCCGGCACAACGAUCACUCUGCAGCCUGGCUCGCCCUGCAACGACUUCAAGGGUUACUGCGAUGUCUUCAUGAAGUGUCGGCUGGUGGACGCCGAUGGUCCCCUGGCCAGGCUAAAGAAAGCAAUCUUUAAUCCGGAGCUGUAUGAGAACAUUGCUGAAUGGAUUGUGGCUCACUGGUGGGCAGUGCUGUUGAUGGGGAUUGCUCUCAUCAUGCUGAUGGCUGGUUUCAUUAAGAUCUGCAGUGUCCACACCCCUAGCAGUAACCCAAAACUCCCUCCUCCAAAACCACUACCAGGCACUCUGAAGAGGAGAAGAGCACAGAAUGCCAACCCCCAGCCCCAACGCCAGCGGCAGCCACGAGAGAACUAUCAGAUGGGACAGAUGCGACGCUAACAGGAGCUUUUUGCCUUGGUUCUUCCUAGUGCCUACAGUGGGAAAACUUCUCUCCAAAGAAAACCUGUAACAGUCAUUGUCCAGAAUUCAGCAACAACAACAAAACAAGAAGAUCUAAAAUAGCAGCUCUCGGGCCCAGCAAAACUACAGAAGUCACACCGCAUUUAUUUUUGAAUGGCUUUAACUGUCAAUGAGGAACGAGAUGAACACAAUCAUUAAUUUCCGUUACAAUGUGGUCUUAAUUUUCUUUCAAGCAAUGGACAAUUUUUUUUUAAAUAACCUAUUGGCACGAAGUCUUUUUUUAAGACUGGUAUAAUGUUCUGCCCUGCUUCACCCUUUUUUGUUUAUUUUUUUCUUUUAAAGAAAUGCCCUCCUUUUUGCAGGCAAACCAUGACUGCAGGUGAAAGUUUUUUGCUGCCAUUCAAGGCCAGGAAGUGAGACAACCUCAAAGUCAAAGAGACUUACUUGCCAAUGUAAUUAUCAUUCUUUUUACACAGGCCUGUAUUUCUAAUGCAUACCCAUACUCACUCAUGCGUGCAAUUGUACAGAACAGAAAUUGCAAUACAGAUUUUUUUCAUUGUAAUUAUAUAUAAAAAAAAAAAAAACACCUUUUUUUCCUGCUGUUUUAAUGAAGAAUUUACUGUUUUAAUUGACUCUCUCAGGAUAUAACAAAGGAAAUGGUGGAUUUUGGUGGGAUUGAAAAUUCUUAACAUGUCUGCAGUGGCUGUGAUUUCUUCUAGCUAAUGUUAAGUUGGGCUGAUUUUUAAUGUUUCAAAGUACUAUGUUGCCUGAACUGAGCAGCUGCUAGGAUGUACAUUGCAUAGAUUGUGUGUGUUGGGGGAGGGGGGACUCCUCUUUGGGCAGGGGGGUGGGGAGUGGGGAGGGAAACUGUAGACGAAUGAUGCACAUAGGUUUCUUCUGGCUUGUGUUUUAUGGUUGAAUUACACCUUGCAAGAUUGUUUCAAUAUUAGAUCUUCUAGUUUGCUACCAUUUUCAUAUGGAGUCGUUUUGUGUUGACCUUACAGGAAUGUAGUGGUUGCAGAUGUGAUUAUGUGGGAGGAGAGUGGUGUGUUCUUUUUCCUUUUUUUUUUUUUUAAAUCCAUUUUUUUUUAUUUUUGUGAUUCGAUUUUCUUUUUUGUGCUUAUUUUACAAAUUGCUGUGCAUUUGCAAUUAUAAAAAUGGACAACCACUAAGCAGCAGAUGAUCAGCUCUGCGAUCGAGAACUAUCAGAGGAUAGGCAGAAUUUAUUAAAGUUUCCAGAUCAGCAGCUUAAAUAAGUGUGUGUGCUGAAUUAAUUAACAGACCACUUUAUUAGAAACACGUUUGGGGUAAUGAUAAAGGCAGACCUAAUGAGGAACGAGGGUCUGCUAUUGCUGGGCUAUGUUAUUGUCUCCAUUUAAUGGUAAAACAAAUUAUCUGGUGCCACGUGGUAAUAAGAUAACUGAUUUUGAAAGCUUGACAAAUGAUAUACUUAAUGCACACUAGCUGUAAGACUUGAAAGUGCUGAACAAAAUGAGAAAAUCCGACAUGGACGAUUCAGCCUUCUAGGCUACUGUAUAUUGUUUCAAUUAAAAUCCAUGCUCCAGUGUCUUUGCUUCAGGUCUAAGGUUACUGGCAAUUCAUUUAUAAUGUCUGAGAGGGAUAGAACUGAGGCGGUCAACUGUAGCCGUUUGGACAAGCCUCUUGCAGUUCUAAUUUAUCAACUGAGUUUCCAGAUUAAAUACCAAACUGUGUAACAGUUUGCAUUUAUUAUAACAUCCAUUGGAAGAGGGGGAGGGGGGAGGCAGCAAGAUCGAAGGGUGAGGUGUCCUGCCCUGUCCCUUUUUGUAUAAAUCAUUGCUUGUAAAUUUAAGACAAGAGGAAACUCAGUAAUUGUCUGUAUUUUGUUAAGCUAGUAGAUUUUAUAAGAUUUGAAAACUGCUUCAUACUAGUUACAUUCUAAAAGUUUACAUGGAUGUAAUCAUUAAGCGAUCCAGACCAAGAAGGUUGGUUCACAGACACUAGCGAGACCUUGUAAACGUGUACAGUACAUGAAAAUUAUAGCUUUUUUUUU